AUGGCGCCCGAGAAACGGAACCAAUUCCUUGAUGCCGAGGACAGUGACGAUGGUGCCGUCCAGGACAACUCUGAAGACGAACUGCAAAAGGGUGGACGCACGGCAAAGAGGCGGAAAGUAGAAGAUGACAGCGAUCUGGACAACGAAGGGUCCAGUGAUGAGGGCUCAGAUGUCGAGGGCCGCGAUAACGAACCUGAACAAGUCGAGAGCACCAAGCUACGAAAGCCAGACUCUGGGAAGAAGAGUCGGGGGGAGACACGGCCGAGGAAAGACAGUGACACACAGCCUGACGACAUCCUACAAGUCAAAUCCUUGUUGAAGAAGAAUCCUGUCGCCACAGAAGCCGCCAUCAAAAAGUCUGGCGUCAUAUACAUCUCGCGCAUCCCGCCGUUUAUGAAACCCCACAAGCUGCGAUCCCUCCUGUCAAAUUACGGCACGAUCAACCGCAUCUUCCUCGCCCCCGAAGACCCGAUGGCACACCAACGGCGGGUACGCAAUGGAGGCAACAAGAAGAAAAUGUACACCGAGGGCUGGGUGGAGUUCGUGAACAAGAAAGACGCCAAGGACGUGUGCGCGAUGCUGAACGCGCAGACGAUCGGCGGCAAGAAGGGGAGCUACUACAGGGACGACAUAUGGACGCUGAAGUACCUGAAUGGGUUCAAGUGGCACCACCUGACGGAGCAGAUCGCGGCGGAGAGCGCGGAAAGGAGCAGCCGCAUGAUGGCGGAGCUCCAGAGGGAGAAGAAGGGGAACAAGGAGCUCGUGGAGAGGGUCGAGAGGGCGAAGAUGCUGGAUGGCAUACAGAGCAAGAAGGCCCAGAAGGGGAGCACGCAUGACAGGGAAGCGGAGUCUCCUGCACCCGCGCCUACGUCAACGGUCGAAACGACUGGUUCCGAGAAGCCCAGGAAGUUCAAGCAGAACUCGCUGGCGCAGAAGAAGGCGACUUCAUCAGCUCAGCCGCAGAAGGCGAGCAAGGCUCUCAGCAAGGUUUUCUAA